ACCGGCAGCAAGAACGGAGUCGAUGCAGUCUUCUUGGCUCAGCUGAAGAGAUUCGGUAAGGCCUUUCGAGAGCUUGCGUUUCUUCGUGUAUUGAUGGUUGGACAGCUCAAACUCCAGAGAGAAAUAAUGAAGAAGACGAAGACUUGAUUCAGAUCAACAACCGAGGUAGGACGCCGUAUAUGUGGCAAGACACUAUUGCUGAGAUCGUUACAGCCGAGGGUUUCAGAGCUAUGCAUCUGCUGGGGGCUCAAAGAUAUUAUGCCUCACUGCGUCAGGAUCAGGAAGGCGACCACGAUACCGUCAGAGCGUCAGUCGAAGCUUCUGUCGCCCUAAACACUACCGAGCUGGUCGACGACAGUCAUGGCAGAGAAGUCGACAGUCAACCGACGAAGACUCUCACGAGAGCCCAUAGCUGGGCCAGUAGUCAGAGCUCCAACUAUCAGCAUUCUGACGACGACAUUGAAGUCGACAAGGCUCGCAGAAAAGCUCGUAACGAAAAGAUCAGGAGUGAUGAGCGCUGGACGAUCGCGUCUCGCAAUCCUGGCUCUGAAGGCAAAUCUGGCUCCGAAGGAAGAGAAUCUGCCCAGCCUGUCGACAUCCGGAGUGAUCAAGCGCUUGACGACAUCCAUGACAACAACCCUGACGACGACGACGACGAAGAAGAAGACGAUGCAGAAGACGCUCAAGAUCAAGAUCAAGACAAGACCAGAGACGAUACACCUAGGACACUCAGCACACACUCAAAAUCCUCGGAGAGUAUGCAGCGUAGACGAUUCGGAAUGUUCGCAUCGAAUCCAACACCCGUCGCCGAGAUGGACUUUGUUGAUCUGACGGACGAACCUCAGCCGAGUCUCCGGGACUUGGUGAGGCAGGGACGCAUGGAGACUGAGAGUGAACAAAUCUCGACCACACAAAAGAAGCCGAGAUACGACCUCCGCGUACGCAGGCAGCCCGUAACUUACAACGAGAAGAGAACAUCAGGCAAAAGCACUGUCGACACUAAAAACCGAAAGAAGGCAUACUUCGACCUGGAGUUAGAACACACGGCGAGGGAGACGAGACCACGCCGUCAGACUCGAUCGAUGACAGCCUCAAGAAGAAAGCUCAAGACUGCCCCUCGUGUCAGGGCGAAGGUCGAGGUCGUGAUUCCCGCAGCUGGUGACAGAUCUGCUUGGAAGACUAUCCCAUCGCCCUUGCCUAAGCGUAGACAGUCAUCGUUUGCGGAGAAGAUGAUCAGACAAAGCAACACGGCAGCGAUGGCGAGACUGCUCUUGCAGGUCAAGGUCGCAAGCGUCUGAAGAUCAAUCUUGAAAACAAGACUGAAGCAAGAAAGGGCCACCGAUCGCUUGAGAUGGUCUUGAUCGACUAAGAGAUGUCGAAACCAGAGUGUGGCUGGCCGAGACUUAAUCAUCAGGCGCAUCGAUGGCGAU